AUGUCUGAAACUUAUCUUUCUUUAAAUGACUUUUAUGAGAUGAAACAUGUUAGAACAUUAAAAAACAGACUAUCAAAUUUAUCAUAAAAAAAGAAGCUAACUUAAUUCUAUUUAAAUAAAGCUAUGUUAGAAAAGGAAUAUAUUAAAACUAAUUUGAGUUGUGAUUGUACAGAAUGUGGAAAAUGUAAUUAAUUUAUUAGGACAAUAAAAAAACAAUAUCCAUUCAACGGGACAAGGUAAUUAAUUAAUAAAUAUAAAGAUGGUAGAAAAGAAAGAGAGUUUUAAAAAGAUUUAAAGCAGCAAUUAAUGCUAUUAUUUUUAUUUUAUCUUAUAAAGUGGAGACUAUAAAGAAAUUCAGAAAAAGGAUGCAUAUUCUUAAAGCAAUGCGCAAUCUAACAACAGUGAAAAAAUCUUAAAUAACUGCUUCUACUCAUUAAUAACAUUACCCUAUAAUUAGUAUUCCUCAAUCUAGAUAAUCAUUGAGGUAAUAAUUGAAAUAAACAAAUAAGGAUAAAAACCACUCCUGAUGAUGAGACUUUUUACCGUCAUACAGCAACUAGUGGCAGAGAGCCUAGAAAAAGUUAGGUUUCAUUGUAUAUGGAUAAAAUGUUAAAAGACGUUAUUCCAAAGUUUGUAGCUCAUUUGAAGCCUUUGAGUUAUUUAAAUUAGAAGUUGAUAAAAUAAAAUAAUGCAAAAUCAAUUACGCAAGCAUCUUUUUCUCAUUUCAAUUAUUUACAAGUUUAAUCGAAUUCACAGAGGCUGCCAACUGUCCAUGUUGAGUCAAUUGUGAAUAAUCAAUACAAAAUGAAUAACAAGGACCUUUUAAAAUUGAUAGAUUCUCUUAAGGUUAGACAUAGAAUUAUUAGAUGUAAGAAAUGA